AUGCAUAUCAGAGACAAGCUCGCUGAGCAGGAUGCCGCCCAGCGGCCGGGCAUCUCCUUUGAGUUCUUCCCUCCCAAGACCGCCCAGGGUGUUCAGAACCUGUACGACCGCAUGGACCGGAUGCACGCCCUCGGCCCCGCCUUCAUCGACAUCACCUGGGGUGCUGGCGGCCGCCUGUCCGAUCUGACCUGUGAGAUGGUCAACGUGGCACAGUCGGUCUACGGCCUCGAGACCUGCAUGCACCUGACCUGCACCGACAUGCCCCAGGAGAAGAUCGAUGCCGCCCUCCAGGCUGCCUACAAGGCCGGCUGCACCAACAUCCUCGCCCUCCGCGGCGAUCCGCCGCGGGAGAAGGAGGCCUGGGAGGCCACCACCGGCGGCUUUCGCUACGCCAAGGACCUGGUCAAGUACAUCCGGGAGAAGUAUGGGAACCACUUUGACAUCGGCGUCGGGGGGUACCCGGAAGGCGCCGACGACAACCCGGAUGUCGACCAGCUGAUCGACCAUCUGAAGGAGAAGGUCGACGCCGGCAGCUCCUUUGUCAUCACCCAAAUGUUCUACGACGUCGACAACUUCCUCGCCUGGGUCCGCAAGUGCCGCGACCGGGGUAUCAACGUCCCCAUCAUCCCGGGUAUCAUGCCCAUCCAGACCUACGCCUCGUUCAUCCGCCGCUCCAACUGGACCAAGGUUAAUGUGCCGCCGGAGUGGCUGGAGGCCCUGGAGCCUGUCAAGAACGAUGACGCCGCCGUCCGUGAGAUCGGAAAGACCCUGAUUGCCGAUAUGUGCCGCCGACUGCUCAAAUCCGGCCUCAUCAACCAUCUGCACUUUUACACCAUGAACCUGGCCCAGGCCACCAAUCUCGUCCUGCAGGAACUCAAACUCAUCCCCUCAGAGGAGACCCCGCUCCAGCGACCUCUGCCCUGGCGGCCGUCGCUCGCUCUGAACCGUCGCACCGAGGACGUCCGCCCCGUCUUCUGGCGCAACCGCCAAUCCUCGUACAUUGCCCGCACCCAGACAUGGGACGAAUACCCGAACGGCCGCUGGACGGACUCGCGCUCGCCGGCCUUUGGCGAGCUCGAUGCCUACGGGAUCGGCCUGAAGGGCACCAACGAGCUCAACGUCAAGCUUUGGGGCCAGCCACGCUCCAUCCACGAACUCUCCGACAUCUUCGUCCGCUUCAUCCAGGGCACGCUCGACCGUCUCCCCUGGAGCGACGCCCCCAUCACCGCCGAGGCCGACGCGAUCAAGAACGACCUGAUCGACUUGAACCGCCGCGGCUUCCUGACCAUCAACUCCCAGCCGGCCGUCAACGGCGUCAAAUCCUCCCACCCUGUCUAUGGCUGGGGUCCCAAGAACGGCUUCGUCUACCAGAAGGCCUACCUCGAGCUGCUCGUUCCCGCAGACCUGGUCGACGAGCUGAUCGCCCGCAUGGACCGCAAUGACGACCUGACCUACCACUGCAUCCGCCGCGACGGCGAGCUGCGCACCAACACCCGUGACAGCCCCAACGCCCUCACCUGGGGCAUCUUCGCCGGCCGCGAGAUCAUCCAGCCCACCAUCGUCGAGACCGUCAGCUUCCUCGCCUGGAAGGACGAGGCCUUCCGUCUCGGCGAAGAUUGGGCCAAGUGCCACGAGCCCUCGACUCCCACUCGGAAACUGAUCCAGGGCAUCAUGGAUGACUGGUAUCUAGUCAACAUCGUCAACAACGACUUCCACAAGACCCAUGAUCUCUUCGACCUCUUCAAGGACCUGACCGUCAAAGACCUCGACCGGGCGAUUCCCAGCGAGGUCGCAAACGGCACAGAGGCCUGA